AUAUAGAUUAAAAGGAUUUCAUAUCUGUUUCGAAGAAAAAAAUUCAGCUUGGACUAUUUUAUGCUGUGAUGGAUAGCUUCGAAAAAGAAAACGAUGCCUUGAAAAAUGAUGUCUUGGAUUAUUGGCUACCAUUUGUCAUAUAAGUGACUUAUUAUAUAAUAUGUAGAGCCAAGACUCUAACUGUAUCAAACUUUUUUAUAUUGUGACCAGUUAGUGAAUGUGUGACAGAUGUGUAGUGAUUUCUCGGUGCAAUCAAGCAUGACUACACAACCUCACUGGUUUCCUAUGCUGGCGACACCAAACAUCCUUACCAUAGCCGAGGAGUGUGAUUGCGUAUGUAAUGAUGAAGGGCUAUGCUGUUGCCACGGCGAGAAAGAUGCUCGGACAAGCUCAUCCAGUGACACACCUGAGACACCUCUUAGGAUGACUCCUGACUUUGAGGAGUUCGAUGGUGUCGACGACAUCUUGGCUGUCAGCCACUUGUCUCAGAAGCCAUCGAUCAAGAAAAGAAUCCCACUGUUGCGUGCCAAGACCCUGCCUGCCAUCAUAACCCCCAGCCUCAGCAUUAUUCAAGCACCUCUCGACCCAGGGACACGAUCGAAGAUACCCACCAUCACAACCACCCUUGAAGUGAAUGGCCACUCCAAAGCAUCCCCUGGAAAAUCUCGCUCAAGAAGAAGCCCAGGUUCAUCAGGAAAGAAAAAAGAAAACGCAGAUGAAAAAUGGCAACUGCUAGUGGACGAUGAAGUCUCUUCUGCAAAAUCUCCUGGGAAUUCACCAAGGAAUAGUUUCAGUUCUACAGGCUCAGUUGCAUCUCAGGCUUCUAGCAGCAAAGAUAACAGGUCCGAGCAUGGUAGUCAAGGUUCACGAGCUGGCCUGGGGAAAUUGGCAAGGUUCCUGACUUCCAGAGAUAAAUCAGUAGCCAGUGACAGGCCUGCCAGUCAUGGAUCCGAUUCCUCUCUCGCGCCGGACAUCGCGUCUUUGCGAAAGGCUAACAGCAUUGACAGCUUGCUCGAAUCUUCAAGUUCUGGUUACAAUCUGGAUAGCAUUGCCCAGAAUGGUGGUGUAUCGCCUGUUACUCCAGGAUCCAGCGGCAAACCUCUUCCAGCAUCGCCAAGUGUCCCCGCCAAAUUGGAAUCGCACAAGAAAGGAAACGGAUCAUCUACUUCACCAACAGUCAGUAAACAUUCCAAAGGAUCUCGCCAAGGAAGUUUGGAAAGAAUUAUCGAUUCUAGUCCCCUCACGAAAGCAGAGCGAAAAAAGCUUGAAAAAUACAAUAAGUUCAAUAUUGAUCUUCAAGCAUUAUUUGCUGCUGUGGAGCACAAACAAUUGGACCGUGCUCGUGGAAUUUUAGAAACAACAAAUGUGGAUGUCAAUAGUGUCAAUGCAGAUGGUUUCACCCCUCUGGAUUUGGCGGUAAUGACCACAAACGUGGCGAUGGUGCAGCUAUUGCAGUCCCAUGGAGCAGCUGAAAGCCCAAAAUUUCCAUGCAGAGAGACCCGAUCCAACCAGCUGCAAACGCUGGUCCGGGAAGCUGGUCGAUGUGUGGAAGAUCUUGGGACAUGCGUUCUCAGUGCUGCUACGAACGGGAGUUUGUCCGCAGCACUGUUAAAGGAGAAAGAGCGUCAGUUGUCGCUAUGGCAACGACGGCAUCAGUUACUGAAAAGGAUGAAGACGGGAUUUGAUCAUUUACGUCCACCUGAUCCACCCUCCAGUGUACAGUUGGAAGUGGUCGGCAACAGAUCGCUGAAAGUAAAAUUUUGUGCGCCAGAGACAGCCUACCAAGAGAGCAGCAUUGUCACUAAAUAUAAAGUGGAAUGGAGCUGCUACGAGGACUUCUCCCUGCUGGCGGGAUCUCGAGAGAUCUCGGACGUGCAGAAGCUGGAGCUCAUGAUUCCGGACCUGACCCAGGGCAGCACGUAUUUCGUGAGGGUUGCUGCUGGGAACGUCAAAGGAUUCAGUUCCUGGAGGAGCGCAUCGCCCUUGUCCGCCACCCCUUCCAGUUGGCGGGACGUGGAAGGCAAAGUUCCUCGUUCUUCAGGUCGUUUAGGCAAGUUAGACGAUCUCUUUCACCAAAUCAUCAAUUCUCGAUCUGGACAUGCGAGUGAAAUUAAAGAUUUAUCGGAAACACCUCAGCAACAAAGACGGCAAGUACGGAAAAGCAUUAAACACCUCUUCACUUCAGCUCCAAAAUUUCAGAAGAACAUGAAAAGAGGUGUGUUUUUGGCUUGUCUAUUAUAUCACGAAGAUAGGAUUAUAGUAACUGCUGAAGAUACUUUACCGAUUUUGGAAGUAGAUGAAACCUAUCCUUCUCCUCUACAUACCGAUUUUCAUUGGCUCAUGAAGGUGGCUUGCACUUGGGAAGAUGUGAAGACAUUGAGACAGGAUAUGGAGAAGAGUCAUUCUUCUUCCAACGUCCACUUCCGAAGCAAGCUCUUGCAGGCUGCAGAACAAAUGCAGAGUGCUCUAGGACUGCAAGACUUAGGACAGUUGUACUAUUUGCCUUUGAAGGACAGUGAAGGUACAACAGUCCUGUGUACCGUCAAGCACAUUCAAGAUCCCAAGACGAUGGUCACCCUUUCGGUGAGAUGGCUACCUCUGUAUAAAAUACAAAGAAAAAGAGCGAACAAUUCUGACAGCAACGGAGACAACCCAGGAGUGAAUGAUUUGCUCUUGGACUCAUUACAGGAAAUGAUUCUUUAUAGUCAAGUUAGCAACAAGCCCCUAUCCAGGGGCCUGUAUGUGGGUUAUAUGAAAUUAAAGAGCUCGGUGGAUGCCAUUCGUGUGGUCGUGCCACGGUUGAUACCUAAUGUACUACCUCAUGCAAAAAUAAGAGACAACCCUCACGUAUCUUGCGAAGAAUGGCAGUGGUUUAAAAGUCUUGCAAGUGGAAGUUUACCAGUCGGACCAACAGAAAUUCAAAUGAAAUUUCAGAAGGCUCUAUCAUUGGCAACAAAACAAUUGCUGACAGAACUUGACAUUCCAGAAAAUGUGAUAGACUUGCACAGAUAUUACGAUGUGGAGGUUAUCGAGCUAAGUGAGAAUGUCUCAUUUCUGCUUGUGCUGCCACCUGUGGAUAGUGUAUGCUCAGUACCAGGACAGUGUGAUGAAAUUACUUCGAGACCAGACUGCAUUCCGCUUCCAAUACAAAUAUUCGAAAUGAUUCAUAUGACUACUUAUCAACCAAACUUCAUCAUGCGGUAUUCCAGACUUUCUUCAAUAUUAGAAAUGGACAACAUGCUUGCCCAUCACGCUCACAGAGAGGCAUUUUCAUCAACAGAAUUAUCUGAGGCAAAAUCGCGUCUGAAUCAACUGCAAGAAUUUCAAUCUCAAGUUGAUAACAUGUGGAGAGCUAUUCGUUGGAUCAUGGAUGUCCUCACAUUCGCUCGCGACAAGCAAGGCUCCAACGGCGUUCUUCUCAAGGAUAUCUGGACGAACGCAUCCAGUCCCGAUUCUCCGAGAAUCAACUCCCCUGAACAAGUUAAAGAAGUCACGGAAAGCACACGCACCAGUCCGGCACCCUCAAUGAGACUCCUCGACACCGAGAAGCGACAGAUACGUCGAUGUUCUUCGACAUCACGACUACAGAUCAGUCGAACAGAUUUGGCAGUUGACAUCAUGAACUGCAAAGCCCAUAGUGCGGAGCGUCUAGGCGAUUCCACCAGCCGGAGUAGUAUUCGCAGUUCAUUUGCUGGUAGUCUCAAAUCGUUCUCUUCGGUGGACAUUGCAGUCGACCCCAAAGAACACUUCUCCAGCAAUGACGACGAGUUGGACAGAGUGGACGUUGCAGAAACGUCUUCUAGACCAUCCUCACCAGUUGCCGAGAGUGAGUCAGAGAUCCGAGUGUAUGCUGACUACGAAACUGGUCUGGCCAGUGGCUACAGUGUGAAGCUCUCUGUAAAUCGACUGACCACUGCAAGGGACAUUGUCGAAACGAUUGUAAAACAGAUGAAUACUGGAGUCAUGGUGAAAGGUAAACAGGGACCUAUUUAUGAUGAGAGUCAGUUCCACACUUUUUGUUUGGUGGUCACAGUUGGAGCGAGGGAACGAUGUUUGAGUGACGACUUUCAUCCUUUGGAGUUGCAAGGUCCGUGGCUGAAGGGAAAACUGUCUGUUCGCCGGAAAAGCACACCCUUCAAUAAUGGCGCAGACUAAUUUGGGACAGAAGUUAAGAACAGAGCUUCCCAAACUGUUUUUCUCUGAGGAAAUGAUCAAAUAAACAAUCCCAUUUCCUAUAUGGUGUUGUGCGCCACUUCUGUGCGUCCACAGGUGCAGGAAUAUUAAAGGAAAAUCGACUCCAUCAAACUAAUUCGUGCACAAAGAGAAUUAGAUUUUAUUAAGAGUUCUUGAGAGUAUCACUUGUAAUAGAAAAUUAGUUUUCUUAAUAUAAAUCUGUCGUUUCAUGAGAUGACUAAUCGAUUUGGCACAUGUGUUUAAAAUGCUUUUGCUUGUAGCAUCUGUGGAUGAACAGUCUGUAUUGUGACAUUACAAAUUAUGUACAUAUGUAAAGAGUUAAUGUUUGUAAGAUAUAUUAAAUGUUUGUAACAAAUCUCUAUUACGGUUCCUUUUAAAGGAUGUUGUGUUCUUCGAAUAAUUUGUUUCGUUCACGUUUCUUAUGAGAAAGGAAAAUAAAUUGUGUUUAUACAUUGAUACAAAUUUCCAAUCAGUUUUAUAAAACCAUGAUCGACUUGAAAAAAUAAUAUGCACCAGAAACCUCUCAACAGUCGUCUUAACCAAGAUAAAUGUAGCUUGCUCAUUUUGUGCACUAGGACAUGACUAGCAGAUUCUCUUAAGAAAAUAUAAAGAUAAUGUGUAUUUAUAAUUCACAUCUUGUACUACAAUAAAUGUAAGAAGUUUUUCCAUUUUAAAACACAUUUCUGAUUAUUAAGAUGAUUUGUGAUAUAAAGUUCAUGAUGUCAUUUGAGUAGAAAAUGUAUGCUCUCACUAUACAGACUAUUAUCAUUAAUUGAAAAAUACAAGAACGAGACAUCAAUUAAAAAUGCUCACUUGACUCAUCAAAUCUGGACCAAAUAAAUCUGCUUUUGUAUUUCUUUUUCAAGAUGCAAUAGAAUAAGUAAACAAAUAAGUUUGGGAAACUCUGGCAGUGACUGUAUGAUAGCACAAUAAGUGGUUCGUGAUAUCAAUGCCAAAUUUUUUCGAAUCUGUUCAAUAUGUAAUUCUUAGCUAUUUAUUCGAUUAUUAGUCACGUGGUUCAUAUCUUUUUGAACAUAACUUAACUAGUUAUUCUCCAUACUUUAUAAGUAUUAUCAUUUCAUGUAUAAACAUUUAUUUAAUUUUGCAUUGCAUACACUGUAUAUUGAUUUUUCACUAUUAAUUAGAUUUAGAACCAUCAAGCAUGUGUAUGAUUUUAUUCUGUGAUAGGUCUGUGUAUGUCUUGAAACAUUGGCCAAAUAUAUGUGCACUGCCUAAAAAGUGCUUGAUUCCUAAUGUGGAAAAUAAAAAGAAAAUAGAUUCUGAUAGAGUAUUUUAAUGCAUAUAUGAUUUAUAAAUAAUUAAUACAGAAAAUUUUGUAACAGAAAUUGAUGCAGCAUUAGGUAAUACUAAAUGAAACAAUCUAGAAUCUUGAAUUCAUAUAUUCAAGUGAUUCAUAGUAUUUUAAAUGCAAACAUUUAGAAUUCUGAAAAAAGGAUUGCAACUAAAAUUAGUGCUUAGCAUUUAUAAAAACUUAUUCGCAAAAUACUUUUUUAAAUGAAGAAAAUCUCGUACUGAAAUUUUAAAGCCAUCCAUUCAAUAUAUUUUGCUAUGAAUCAAAAAUCUGUACAGCUUGAAAUUGUUUAAAUAUAUUUCCUGGAAAAUUUGUAACAUUGCUUCUUAAUAAAGU